CUGCAGUGUAUCCUUAGCUCACCUUCAGGAUGUCGAGUUUAAGAUUGAUCCUGCUUCUUGCAGCUGUACUUGGUACUGUUUCAGCAGAGAAUAUCCAGCAUUCAAGGAAUAGAAACCCCAGACUAUUCUUCGCUAGUAUCAGUUCUUCAACAACAACAACAACAGUAACAACUGCCUUUAGAACAGCAACAUUUUGCUAUACCGCUGCAGCAACUGCAACAGCUUGCAGUGGACGUAAGAAGAGAUCUAUCCUGACAGAUCCGAUAUCUGAGGACAGGGGGGAGAUUAUACCAUCCACUCAAUUCAAAACUCCUCUCAGUGAACUGGAGAGUGGAGAUGCCAUUGCAAAACCUUCUGCUCGAGAUGCUCGUCUAUUCUUGCUUCUUACAUCAACAUCAACCAUCAGUGUAACAUCAACAACUACAACAACAUCAUUCACAGGAACCACCACGAUAUCUGUACUAUGCAUACCCGCUGCCAUUUCAGCUUGUGGAUAAAUCGUUUAUUAUCGUUAUUCUUCUUGUUAUCGUGAUGCUUGACUGAUGUGAUUCUAACAGUGAGUUAAAUAAAUUGUUAUUGUUUUUUAAAUAGUACUUUUAAGCAUGAAAGUAUCUGACCUAUAGUAAUAAAAGAACAUUCGACAGGCAA